AUGGAGAAGGUAUCACUGAAGAACCAUUAUCAGAUCCUGGAUCAGGAUCCAGAGGGUCUGAUCAUUGAGAAACCGAAGCCCUCAAGUUGGUCGCGAUACUGGAUCUUGCUCCUCGGCGUUAUUGCUGGGGGCUGGUUCCUGAGGCCGCACUGUCACCACCAUGUGCAUCGUACCCUCAGCAUUGAAGAGAGAGUGCACAAAAUUCUGACUUACACCCCAUUGAUUGAUGGUCACGAUGACUUCCCGAUCAUGAUAAGAUCGAUCUUUAAGAAUCACAUCCAUGGCAACAACUUUACUGAAGAGUUUCUCAACGGUAAACUUCCUUACCAUGUUGAUCUACCUCGCCUGAACGCAGGUCAUGUUGGCGGUAGUUUUUGGAGUGUUUAUGUGCCCUGCCCGACAAAUUGGACGGACUUUUCGGACGAGACUUAUGCGCCAAGUGUGCGGGAGACAAUGGAACAGGUCGAUCUGAUGUCUCGAGUGCAGCAAACUUUCCCGGAUGUUUUCUCAACACCACCUAAUGGUACCACCGCUCUAAGUGCCUUCCAGGAGGGAAAGAUCAUUUCUCCGCUCGGAAUUGAGGGACUACACUCAAUCGGUAACUCAUUGUCUCAUUUGCGUAUCUUCUAUGAGCUUGGCGUCUCUUACGCAACCCUGACACAUAACUGCCAUAACCGCUAUGCGGAUGCCGCGGUCGUCGAACUACCAGGUGGAGGUGUUAAAAAGUCCGAUCCGCUUUGGCAUGGCGUCAGUCCCGCGGGGCAGGACUUGAUCUUUGAAAUGAACCGCCUAGGAAUGAUUGUGGAUCUCGCACAUGUUAGCGUGGAUACCAUGCGCGAUGUGCUGGGCGCUGGAAAGACCGAAUGGACAGGCAGCAAGGCUCCAAUUAUCUUCAGUCACAGCUCGGCCUAUGCACUGUGCCCGCAUCCUCGUAAUGUCCCCGAUGAUGUUUUGGAAUUGGUCCGAGAGAGGAACUCCAUUGUUAUGGUCAAUUUCUCACCUGACUUUAUCUCCUGCGUGGCCUCGGGCCGUGCUGAUGGUCUGCCUGAUACCGAUCCGGAGCACGCUACCCUCGAACAUGUUGCAGACCAUAUCAUGCAUAUCGGAACUGUUGCAGGUUUUGAUCAUGUGGGAUUGGGUAGUGAUUUUGACGGGAUCUCCACCGUACCCCGGGGCCUCGACGAUGUGUCAAAGUUCCCGGAUCUCAUUGCGGAACUCCUUCGCCGUGGAUUGAGUGACGAGGAUGCGGCUAAGGUGGCUGGUGGUAAUCUGCUACGUGUGUGGAGAGAAGUUGAUCAAGUUGCUUUGGAGAUGCAAGCAGAUGGUGCACUUCCAGUGGAGGAUGACUUGUGA